AUGACAAACAAUCUCUCUUUCGAAGGUGUGCCCCCAAUUCACGUCAAGUAUAAAGUCACUGGGUGCCAAAGAGCCCUGUUCGAAUGGGCCGACAGCUAUGACACAAAAGAUUGGGAGCGUCUGAAGAAAGUCGCCGCCCCAACUCUGAGACUCUUUGAUUCUGAACCUAUGGAACAGAUUGACUACCGCUCGUUCCUUGAUAAAAUCUGGGAAAAUAUGCCACGAGACGAAUUCAUCCUUAUGGCUUCAGAUCCACACUUCCUGGGCAACCCGCUACUAAAAACGCAGCACUUUGUUGGGCUAGGUACGUGGGAGAAAGUGGGCGAGGACAUGAUCGUGGGGAGCCACCAGCUGCGCGUGGCACACCAGCGGUACACCGAUGAUGGGUUCAAGGAGGUAGCGGUCAAGGGCCAUGCGCACGGGACGGCUACGAUAUGGUAUACAAGAGCCGAGGGGGAGUGGAAGUUUGCGGGAGUGUGUCCGAAGAUUAAUUGGACAGAGUUUGAUUAUGAUAAGGUGUUUGUGAAAUUGAACGAGACCGCCUAA